CAACGCAAAGGACGGAAAAGGAAAAUAAGGAUUCAAUGAAAUAGAGAUAAACAUAAGACAUACUGUGAAUCUCUAGAGUCUAGAGAUAUAGGUAAAAAAAGGGGGUGGGGGGGUAUGUGGAGAUAUAGAACUGCAGAGUCCUGAAUCCAUUCAACAGGAAUUUCGUAGCCGUGUUUUGCUGUGUACCGGUAGAGCCUGUGGAACAGGCAGCGUGCGCCUCUGUCUCUCACACUGCUGCAGUGGAGUACACGCAGAGCCCAUCACUGCUCUUGGUGAUACACAGCACAGUACACCAGACGGGUCCUCCUGCCUCUUCUCCUCUCCUCUUCACUCUAUUCCUCUGAGGGCUUGGAUAAAAAAAAGAAACGGAAGGAAGGAAGGAAGAGUGGGAUCUUCUUUUUUUUUUUUUUUUUUUUUUACCCACCGGAGCAGACUCUUUUCUCAGAUCUGAUCAGAAACACCACUGUCUGUGUCUCUGUAUGACUCUGCUUUCCUGUUAUCGAGUGAAAAAGCGACAUAUGUGCUCCGAUGUCUCCACAAUAUAGGCUCGCUGCAAGACCAGCAGUAUUCCCCUUGGUCCCCGUCUUGACACUUCGAUGAAGACAGACGCCUCCCUGUCCCCCCAGCCAGGAACAUGAAGGGCUUAUCGGGUGGCCGCUCCCAGCACCAGAUCCCCUCGCCCCAUGGGCUAGACCAGUUUGACCAUCCUCAAGACUUCCAUGGCAUGGGCCACCAUGGCGGAGCCUCUGAGUCGCGCCACUCCUCCUACCUGCUCAGCCCCACCGAGAGCUGCCCAAUGGACUACCACCACCGCUACUCACCACGCAGCUCCAUCCACUCUGACUGCAUGAUGAUGUCACCCGUCAUCAUGGCACCCUCGUCGGGUGUUGGUGGCGGCGCAGCCAUUGACCACAUCUCCAGCAGCACCUUCCCCAGAAUGCACUACAGCUCCCAGUACUAUGACUCGGCCACGCGGGAUGACUGCGCCGCCAUCACCGCCUCCGCCACCUCCCAUGUUGCUGCUGCCCCCACCACUUCAGCCUUGCAGUACCAGGGCAGCGGCAAGAGCAACCGCAUCCCGGCAAACCUGCUUGACCAGUUUGAGAAGCAGCUGCCACUGCACCGUGACGGCUUCCACACACUGCAGUACCAGAGGACGUCCACCACCACCACCACGGAGCAACGCAGCGAGAGCCCCGGACGCAUCCGCCACCUUGUCCACUCCGUCCAAAAGCUCUUCACCAAGUCCCAUUCCCUGGAGGGCUCAUCCAAGAUGAACGGAACCAAAGGUGACGGUGGAGGAGGGGGACACCACGGCGGCUCCCAACACAGCCACCACGGAGGCUCCAAGCAUGGCAGCAAGCGAAGUAAGAGCAAAGAGCGCAAGACGCACCGCUCGGGGGGUGCGGGCGGCUUCUGGAGUUCCGACGACAACCUGGACAGCGACAGCACCUACCGCACGCCCAGUGUCAUGAGCCGUCACCAUGGCGACCAUGCCCAUGCCGCCCACUGCUACCCGGACUCCAUGCACCACAGUCACUUUGGGGACCUGUCCCUCAAGACCUCCAAGAGCAACAACGAUGUCAAGUGCUCAGCAUGUGAGAGCAUGGCCAUGACUCCGGAGGGGAAGUUUAUGAAGAGGAGCUCCUGGUCCACGCUGACCGUCAGCCAGGCCAAGGAGGCCUACAGGAAGUCCUCCCUCAACCUCGAGAAACCCAUGAUGCACACAGACCUCAAGCCCUCGCUACGGGCCUGUCACUACCUACAGGUGCCUCAGGAUGAGUGGAGUGGAUACCCAGAGGAUGGGGACCAGGACGAGGAGAUCCCGUGUCGGCGGAUGCGCAGCAGCAGCUACGUCAAAGCCAUGGGAGAAGAAGACAACGACUCUGGUGGUGAAUCUGAUGGCAGCCCCAAGACCUCACCCCAGAAGGCCAUCCGACCCGACGCCCUCGUCCUCAAGUCAGCUAUGCAGAGACCCCACAUAGAACCCCAAAGUCAGAGCUACCACUUGCAAACCACCCGAGACAUGAUGCGGCCCCAUCCCAGUGUCACCCUGGACCCAGCCACCAACUACCCCCAACACCAUAUACCCCUCGGCCCUCAGUUCCGAUCCCGGAACCAGAGCUACAUGCGCGCGGUUAGCACCCUCAGUCAGGCAAGCUGCGUCAGCCAGGUGAGUGAGACUGAGGUCAAUGGCCAGUUUGAGUCAGUUUGCGAGUCCGUUUUUAGCGAAGUAGAAUCCCAGGCCGUGGAGGCCUUGGACCUGCCUGGCUCGUUCCGCACUCGAAGCCACAGUUACCUGCGUGCAAUUCAGGCUGGGUAUUCCCAAGACGACGACUGCUUGCCUUCAAUGACAUCCUCCACUGUCACUUCAACUCUCAGAUCCACAACAGAGGGAUAUGAUGUGCUGGAAGGCACUUCUUUGCUAAACGAGGACAUGAUAGAAGACGACGACGGGGCCAGCUCCUCGGCCUAUGUGGAGUUGGAACGUCUGGAGAGGGAGAACGCUGUAGCUCGCAGCCAGCACAGCACAAGCUCCACUGUAACAGCCAUCUCUGUCCCCCUGACUUCACCACCUGCCUACCAGAUCCCUGCUGCCCCCUCCAUUGCCGCCCCCGAUCCCCCCAUACCUCAGGCCAUCCAGGCCUUUAAAGAGUCUGCCAACAUGGUGGCCGCCUUCAACAUGCAGUGGAAAGACGAGAUUUCGGCCAUGCGCUACGAACUGGCCGAGCUGCGCAGGGACGUGUGCGGCGAGCUCAAGACCUUCAACAGCAACUUCUUCAAUUUCACCCAGUGCUACAACAUGUGGACGCUGUGCCGUGAGAGCGCAAGUGACGGCUCAACACAGACCGGGGACCGGGUGUCUGUGGGCAUCCAGGCUGGCACCAGCGGGCUCUUCAGGCAGAACACAGAGGACAAGUCUGUCAUGUGCCAGCCGGAACCAGCUGCUUUUAGAAUUACAGACCUGAUGGACCCUCCCCGCAUUGAGAUAGCUGGGGACUCAACGCCAGAGGAGGGUGCAAGCAGCCCUGCUAGCUCCCAGCCAUCGGACAAUUCCGCAACGUGGGACAACAAGAAGCAGAAGACCCGCAAGCGCUCUUUGGGCGGUGGCCGCAGGAGUGCCAGUCUGGAACUGUGGAGUAGGAAGUACACCAGUGGGCCCAUGUCAUACCUGUCAAUGUCAUUCUAAUCAUUCCCAUACCACCCAAAUUAAACAAAACACAUGGGUUUCCCCUUGAUAACAACCCCUAGAGAACCAGAGCCGGAGCCAAAAAAACAAUUUACUUAUGUAGAGAUCUACAGGGCCUUCAGAAAGUAUUCAUAACCCUUGACUUAUUCCACAUUUUGUGGUGUUACAGCCUGAAUUCAAAAUGGAUUAAACAGAUUUUAUUUCACACAAUGAAAAUGUAUUGAAAAUUCAAUACAGAAAUAUAUCAUUUACAUAAGUAAUCACACCCCUAAGUCAAUAGUUUGUGGAAGCACCUUUGGCGGCUUCAACUUUUAGUUGUCUCGACUAUGUUUGUAUCAGCUUUGCUGAUUCUUCCUUUCAGAUUUCCUCAAGCUCUGUUUAGUUAGAUGGGGAGCAACGGUGAACAGCAAUCUUCAAGAUUUUCCACAGCUUUUCAAUGGGCUUUGGCUAGGCAGCUCACGAACUUUCACAUUCUUGUUCUGAAGCCAUUCCAGCGUUGCUUUGGCUGUAUGCUUGGGGACAUUUAAGGUCAAUUGCACUCUGAAGCAGGUUCUCAUUGAGGAUUUGCUUGUAUUUCACUCCAUUAAUUGUUCCUUCUAUCCUUAGCCGUCUCCCAGUCCCUGCCUCUGAAAAGCAUCCACAUAGUGCUUUGCAUUCAGGCCAAAGAGUUCCAUUUUUGUCUCAUCAGACCACAGAAUCGUUUGCCUUAUGAUCUCAGAGUCUUUCACGUGCCUUUUUGCAAACUUCAACUGUCAUGUGCCUUUUUCUCAGGAGUGGCUUCCGUCUAGCCACUCCCAUAAAGCCCAGAUUGGUGAAUUACUGUAAAGACUGUUGUCCUUCUGGCAGGUUCUCCUAUCUCAGCCAAGGAACUCUGUAGUUCUGUCAGAGUGAUCAUUGGGUUCUUGGUCACCUCUCUGAUCAAGGUCCUUCUUGCCCGGUUGCUCAGUUUGGUCCGACGGCCAGCUCUACACUGGGUCUGGGUAGUUCCAUAUUUUUUUCCCAUAUUCAGUUUCCCAAUGAUGGAGAACACUGUGCUCUUGAAAACUUUCAACAAAUUGUUUUAUACCCUUCCCCAGAUAUAUGCCUCAUCGCAAAUCUCGGCGAUCUAUGGACAGUUCUUUGGACUUCAUGGUAUAGUUUCUGCUCUGACAUGCACUGUCAACUGUGGGACCUUAAAUAGACAGGUGUGUUUCUUUCUAAAUAUGUCCAAAUUAUUUCAUUGGCCACAGGUGGACUCCAAUCAAGUUGUAGUGACAUCUCAAGGAUGGUCAAACGAAAUUGGAUGCACCUGAGCUCAAUUUAGUGUUAUAUAUACAUUUCAAUACAUUUGCAAAAAUGUCUAAAAACGUGUUCACUUUGUAAUUAUGGAGUAUUGUGUGUAGAUGGGUGA